AUGUCUCAGGCUGUUGCUUCUUCGCCAGUACAUAGUGUUUCGCCUCCCUUGCCACCUCAAAUCCAUUCUCCUGAAUUACCCUUUCCAACAAAACUAACACUUGAGCUAAGAGGAACUCGGUUUGAAAUUGAUCGAGAAAUGUUAAUGAGUCUACCUGAAAGCAUUCUUAUUGUAAUGUUUCCUAAUGGACUUAUGUUGAAUAGAGCUCUAGAUUACGAAGACGAUGUAGCUGAGGAUGAUAAUUCAGUCCAUUCAAUAGACAUAGAGGACCAGAUUGUUGAUGUGGAUUUUGAUCCUUCCUGUUUAGAAUAUAUUUUAAAUUUUUAUAAAACAGCACAAGAAGCAUUUUAUUCUAACCAAGGAAGUACCUCUACAGCAUUCCCACAUAGUCCACAGAAUCCACUUUUAAGUAAACAGGCGAUAAUUGUUUUAAGAGAAGAGUUGGACUAUUUUACCAUACCACCAAAAUCCUCCCAAAAACAUAAUAUAUCGACAGAAGCAACAGGAAAAGGAACUUUGAACAAUACAACAACAGAAACUACAGCUCUUAGUGGCACCAGCAGCAUUACAGCCGCAAAUGAAACUAGUGAUAGUGAGCAAGCAAUUGAUAUUUUUGAAUUAAAGACAGAGUGCGGUUCAUAUCUUCUUAAUCAAAAAAAGAUAUUUACAGCGUUACAACGUAAUAUUAAUAAAGAAAAUAAUGUAGCAGAACAGCAUUUGAUAGAUAUGUUAUGUGUUUCAGGCUUUUCAAGAGAUGAUGAAUGGGGAUAUCGUAAUAUUGAACCACUUAAGACGAGUAUCGUUAGUAUUGCAUUAGUAAUGCUUAAAACAACAGGACAGGGUAAUCAAAUGGCAACAGCACAAAAGUUGUUAUUAUUUUGGAGGAAACCGGCUAGAAAAUGCUGGUGGGAUGGAUUAGAAAUUAAAGUUUUUGGUGAUAGAGCCGUACCGAUCCGAUUAUGGUGCAGACGUACAUGGACUUUGGAAUUGGCUUUGGUUUAA